AACUAAAAAGAAAGAAAAAAAGGAAUUUAUUCUGUUAUUGUUAUUCUUUAUUAUUAGAGUGAGAGAGGGUGACCAUAAUGCAAAUGCAUCCUCCUCUGUUCUAGGUUACUUCUUGCUGUCUUUCUUCCUUUCAGAGCGAGAGAGAGAGAGAGAGAGAGAGCAAACCUAAAUUCAUUCAUCCAUCCAUCCAUCUCAUCUCAUCUCAUCAAUUUCUAUGGCAACCAACAAAAAAUUAGGAAACAAGAGCAAUAAUAGCCAAAGCCAAAGCCCACUUCUGGGUCGGUACGAGAUCGGCAAACUUCUUGGACACGGUACUUUUGCUAAGGUAUACCAUGCUGGAAACAUUAAAACCAACGAAAGUGUUGCCAUCAAAGUCAUUGACAAAGAAAAAGUCCUCAAGGGUGGUCUAAUUGCUCAUAUCAAACGUGAAAUCUCCAUUCUUCGCCUUGUUCGCCACCCCUAUAUUGUCCAGCUUUUUGAAGUCAUGGCCACGAAAGCCAAGAUUUACUUUGUCAUGGAAUAUGUUCGUGGUGGUGAGUUGUUCAAUAAGGUUGCUAAAGGCAGGUUAAAAGAAGAGGUUGCCAGGAAAUAUUUCCAGCAAUUGAUUUCAGCCGUUUCCUUUUGUCAUGCCAGAGGUGUUUUUCAUCGCGAUUUGAAGCCGGAGAACUUGUUGCUUGAUGAGAAUGGUAACUUGAAAGUCUCCGAUUUUGGAUUGAGCGCAGUGUCUGAUCAGAUUAGACAAGAUGGUUUGUUCCAUACUUUUUGCGGGACACCGGCUUAUGUUGCUCCUGAAGUUCUUGCAAGAAAAGGGUAUGAUGCUGCGAAGGUUGAUAUCUGGUCUUGUGGGAUUGUUCUGUUUGUUUUAAUGGCUGGUUAUUUACCAUUUCAUGAUCAAAAUGUCAUGGUUAUGUAUAAAAAGAUUUACAAGGGGGAGUUUAGAUGUCCUAGAUGGUUCUCUUCUGAGCUAGUCAGGCUUCUUCAUAAACUUCUUGAUACUAACCCUGUUACAAGAAUUACAAUCCCUGAGAUUAUGGAGAACAGGUGGUUCAAAAAGGGGUUUAAGAAUAUUAAAUUUUAUAUCGAAGAUGAUAAAGUUUGUAGUGUUGAAGACGUGGAAGAUGUGGGUUCAUCUUCUGAUCAAUCAUUAUCUGAAUCGGAAUCGGAAUUCGAAACUAGAAGAAGGGUUACAUUUUUGCCUAGACCUGCGAGUUUGAAUGCUUUUGAUAUAAUAUCGUUUUCGCCUGGAUUUGAUUUAUCUGGGUUGUUUGAGGAAGGUGGAGAGGGAGCAAGGUUUGUUUCGGGGGCCCCUGUGUCGAAGAUUAUAUCUAAACUGGAGGAGAUUGCUAAAGUUGUUAGCUUUUCAGUGAGGAAAAAGGAUUGUAGAGUGAGUUUGGAAGGGUCUAGAGAAGGUGUGAAAGGCCCAUUAACAAUUGCAGCUGAGAUAUUUGAGUUGACACCGAAAUUGGUUGUGGUGGAGGUUAAAAAGAAAGGAGGGGAUAGAGGAGAGUACGAGGAGUUUUGUAACAAGGAAUUGAAACCUGGAUUGCAGAGGUUGACGCAGGAGGAAUCCGAGGCGGCUGCUGCUGCUGCUAAUGUUACUACUACUGCUCCUGUGCCAUCGGGAUCUCCACAAUUCACCAUCGAUCCUUUUCCUACUGAUUCUUCACAAUUACCCGUUGAUCCUUUUCCUACCGAUUCCACACAAUUACCUACUGAUCCUUUUCCUACCGAUUCUACACAAUUACCUAUCGAUCCUUUUCCUAUCCUUUCUUCACAUUUACCUUCGGAUUCUGAAUAGAGAAAAAAAGAGAAAGGAAAAGGGUAUGCCUUACUCUUUCCGUUUGCUUCAAUAAGUUUUUGCAUGCUAUAUUUUGUUUUUUGGGGCUUUUAAUUUUCUUUGAUGUUCUGCUGUGUCAUUAGGAAAUUAGAUGCUAAAACACAUGUUGUAUGUUCUUUUCUUCUGCCGAGAAAAAAGUAGAUUAAUUGAAGAGAAUGACAUUCUUAUUUCUGCUGGUCUUGGCAAUUUAGUGGUGACUUGUAUGUUCUGUUAACUUAUGUUGUAAAUGUGAAUGAAGUUGCUCUCGUCUGCUCAUUCCUGCCGAUUGUGGUACGGAGUGUUGCAAAUACAAGGUUCAUGAUUUCAUUAUGAAGAAGAAAAUAAAAAAAUGGAAGUGAAUCAUUUAAAUUUCUUGAUUGUAUCUUGUGUGCAGUCCAAUAUUGGGUAGGGAUAUGCCCUCUGCUCCUGUUUAUACAGCAUUUGCUUGGAUAAUUUACAGUAUGCAGGUUGGAGAGUCUAUAUAUUAGUUGCAAAUAUGAUUGGUGAAGAUAUUAGGGAACUCUCUUCAUACUAAGAUGUCAAUAAUAGCAAUAGCCAUUUUAAUUGAAAAAAAUAUAGUUGAUAGUUAAUGGUUCAGUUGAUUCCUUAACAUAACUCAUCUGAAGGGUGCCAUGUAUGAGCAGGAGAGCUGUUUCUCGUUUAUAUGGGGCUGUAUUUAAAUCACGAAUAAUAACUAGAGCUUUAUGUGGAGUAAAUGAAUCCUACUAGUUCCACUGUGUAGAUCAGUUCAUCAUUGCAGAAAAUUCAUGUUGAAACUGGGAUUAGGAAUUUGUAAAAAUUAAGAACCCCACUGUGCUGGAGUUGCUCAGUUAUAUAGAAGCAAGGACUUAAAACUGAGAAUACAGGUUCUCGGUUCAGUAAGGAAAGUGUGUACAAAAUAUAAGGUGAUUAAUGGGUAGGAGUUUUGGUUUGAAAUGAUUUUACUGGAAAAGGUUAUAGUUGUGCCUGGUA